GUUCGAUCCGUCUAGGCAGAGGUUCUUCGCGGGCCACGCCCCCUGGACCCUGCGGGACCCGCGCGCGACGGCGGGGUGGAGCCUUCUUCGUGACCUUUCACCCCAGCAUGGCUGCGCCCUUGGGACCCGUGAAAUUCUGGCGACCCGGUACAGAGGGGCCAGGUGUCAGCAUCUCUGAAGAGAGACAAAGUGUCACUGAAAAUUCUGGGACAACCAUUGUUUACAAUCCUUACGCCGCCCUUUCCAUAGAGCAGCAGAGGCAGAAGCUGCCCGUGUUCAAGCUUAGGAAUCAUAUUUUAUACUUGAUAGAAAACUACCAGACAGUGGUGAUUGUUGGAGAAACAGGAUGUGGGAAAAGCACACAGAUUCCUCAGUACCUGGCGGAAGCUGGCUGGACAGCCGAAGGAAGAGUGGUUGGCAUUACCCAGCCUCGGAGAGUGGCUGCCGUUACCGUUGCAGGGCGAGUAGCCGAGGAGAGAGGAGCAGUGCUGGGGCACGAGGUGGGCUACUGCAUCCGCUUUGACGACUGCACCGACCCGCUGGCCACAAGAAUCAAGUUUCUUACUGAUGGAAUGCUGGUCAGGGAAAUGAUGGUUGAUCCAUUGUUAACAAAAUAUAGUGUCAUUAUGCUGGAUGAAGCCCACGAGAGGACCUUGUACACUGACAUUGCCAUUGGCUUGCUAAAAAAGAUUCAGAAAAAGCGUGGGGAUCUUCGGUUGAUUGUGGCUUCAGCCACUCUGGAUGCAGAGAAAUUUCGGGAUUUUUUUAAUCAAAAUGAAACCAGUGAUCCAACCAGGGAUACGUGUGUGAUCCUUACAGUGGAAGGGCGAACAUUUCCGGUGGAUAUCUUUUAUCUACAAAGUCCUGUUCCAGAUUAUAUCAAAUCAACUGUGGAAACUGUGGUAAAAAUUCACCAGACAGAGGGAGAUGGAGACAUACUAGCCUUUCUUACUGGCCAGGAAGAGGUGGAAACUGUCGUGUCAAUGCUGAUCGAGCAGGCCCGGGCCCUCGCUCGCACUGGAAUGAAGAAGCACCUCCGGGUUCUCCCCAUGUAUGCAGGUCUGCCUUCCUUUGAGCAAAUGAAAGUGUUUGAAAGGGUCUCACGCAGUGUCAGAAAGGUGAUAGUGGCCACCAAUGUGGCAGAAACCUCCAUUACAAUCGGUGGCAUUGUGUAUGUGAUCGACUGUGGCUUUGUGAAACUGCGGGCCUACAAUCCCAGGACGGCUAUAGAAUGCUUGGUGGUGGUUCCUGUGUCCCAGGCGUCAGCCAACCAGCGCGCAGGACGCGGUGGGCGCAACCGCUCUGGAAAGUGUUACCGCCUUUAUACAGAGGAAGCCUUCGACAAGUUGCCUCAGUCUACUGUUCCUGAGAUGCAGCGGAGCAAUUUGGCCCCUGUCAUCCUGCAGCUGAAAGCGCUAGGGAUUGACAACGUCCUCAGGUUUCAUUUCAUGUCGCCCCCUCCAGCACAGUCGAUGGUUCAAGCUUUGGAGUUACUCUAUGCUCUGGGAGGUCUAGACAAAGACUGUCGUUUAACUGAACCACUUGGCCUGAGAAUAGCAGAGUUUCCUUUGAAUCCCAUGUUCGCCAAAAUGCUGCUUGAGUCAGGAAAUUUUGGCUGUUCUCAGGAAAUUCUAAGCAUUGCAGCCAUGAUGCAGAUCCAGAAUGUCUUUGUGAUCCCCUCAAACCAGAAGUCUCAGGCAAUGCGGGUGCACCGAAAAUUUGCUGUGGAAGAGGGCGAUCACCUCACCAUGCUCAAUGUGUAUGAAGCGUUUAUCAAACACAAUAAGAACUCCCAGUGGUGCCAGGAACAUUUCCUGAAUUACAAGGGUCUUGUCAGAGCUGCGACCGUGAGAGAACAGUUGAAAAAGCUUCUUGUCAAGUUUCAGGUGCCCAAGAAGUCUAGCGAAGGUGAUCCUGAUCCGGUCCUGAGGUGCAUUGUUUCUGGAUUCUUUGCAAAUGCAGCGAGGUUUCAUUCUACUGGAGCUUAUAGGACUAUCCGGGAUGAUCACGAGCUGCACAUCCACCCUGCGUCCGUCCUCUAUGCAGAGAAGCCGCCUCGAUGGGUCAUCUACAAUGAAGUUAUACAGACCUCCAAGUACUACAUGAGAGAUGUGACUGCCAUAGAGUCUGCAUGGCUGUUGGAGUUGGCUCCACACUUUUAUCAGCAAGGAACGCACUUGUCCCUGAAAGCCAAAAGGGCCAAGGUCCAGGACUUGUGAGCUGAGCUCAGUUGCAGUAGCAGUAACUGCUUGGUGGCCUCUUUUCCUUGCUGUCCCUGGCCCCGGGGGUGUGAGCUGGCGCCAGCUCACGUGGAAUCUGCAGCUGCUGUGGAGUGGGCUGCAGCCAGCUCACUGGCUCCUUUCUUCCCACCCUUGCCAGCAUUUGCCUCUUUGCUGAGAUCCAGAGAAGUCCGUGCAUGGGCAGACGCACCACGCGCCGCACUAGGUAGAAUGGGAGUGGGCCAGGCGGCUCUUGGGCUGGUCAGCACGCUCACUGGCCCAGCAGGCCAUUGGCAGCAGGCGCACAAUACUGGCCCAGCUCCUGGGGAAGGAGGAAGAAAGCCAGCUGCUGAAGGCUGCAGUGCCACGUGGGGUGGACAAAGGCUCUGCUGGGCCACCUUUGCUUCCCUGCUGUGGCCAUGGCUGAGUUGACCAGUGAGGACCUCUGCUGGAUGUGCACAAGCGUGUGUGAGUGAAGGCAGGGGACCUUGGAAAUGCUGGGGAUUUCUGCCAGGAUGGCCAAGGGUCAGGUCUGCCAGGGGUCCAAACCGAGCAGCUUGUGUCUGUCUUCUGCCUGUGUCCCUGCUUAACUAUGGCCAGGAGACUGACAAGGGAUUGGUGUCUACAGGAGGACUCCCAUGCACCAUCCCGGGUAGCCGUGGAUUUCUGUCUUUCACAGUGGGCUGAGCUUUCUCUCAGAGCUCAGUGCCACGUCCUGGUGCCAGAGCUGGCACUGGCGAAAGCCCACCAGCUCUGACCCUCAGGGCUCCUCUGUAGCAGGAAUUCACUAAGUUUAGCUGCUCUAAACUUCUGUAGCUCAGGAAUGUAACUCUCGUCUCUGUCUUUGUUUGUCCACGUGUGUUCUCGGGAGAACAUGGGUGGCUCUUCCAGCAGGCACUGGUUUCCUUGUUGCCCCUGUGGCUGCUGAGAUGAUGACUGCUCCUCAACACGACGAUGCAGUGUCCCCUUACUGUUUCAGUGACAAUUAUUUUAAAAACACGUAGCUUGAAAAUUUAUUUUUAUACUGGUUUUAGUUUGGAUGUGCCACUUUUGGCAUCAAACCUGUAUGGCAUUUUUAUUUCCAUUUUAUAAACAUGUAAAUAGUAGUGAUAACUUGUUAAUAAUGGUAAACCUUUAUACCUAAAAUAUACAUAUUCCCUCCCA